AUGUCGAUUUCUGGCACACAGAUUUUAUUAUGGUGUUUGGUUCGAGGAGGAUCCGUUUUUAACAUUACUAUAGAAAGGAAUAAUCGAGUUUCUGAUCUCAAAAAAGCUAUCAAAAAUAAGAAACCAAAUGAUUUUGCUAAUGUCGAUGCAGAUAGACUCACGUUAUGGAUGCUUAAAAACACUGUUAAUAUUAACGAGAUUCAAAGCCUAUUUCUUCAAGAUAACGAGAAUGACCAAAAUAUAGUUUUAUUAAAGGAUAUGCGAAAAAUUGAGAGUUAUUGGCCUGAAGAUCAAAACCAUUCCGAAGAUUAUAUCCACGUUGUCGUGGAACCACCAGUUCCUACCGGCCAAAGUAUCAGGUGUGGCCUUGAGGCGAAUAGCCCCUCGGUUAAAGCCAGACCUGAAAAGUUCUUUAAGGAUCAACAAACAAAUCCAAUCCUUAAUGGUCGACCGCUUGAAAACACCGGUCCUCCUAUUGCUCUUUUCAAUAACACCUUUAGCUUAUUUCUUAAUGAUUUUCAUAAUGAAAAUUUGGAAAUAACUUCUGAUUUUUUGAUAUGGACUGAGGAACUUAUUCUUGCAGCAGCAGAUAGUUAUGAUAAUGAGGAAGAACGGAAUGAAAAAAUAAGAGUGAUACUUAUGGAAAAAUUGGAGCCAUAUUGUUGA